AUCUCCCCCUCAUUCUCUCUCUCCCAUUCCCUAUGAACCCCCUCCUACUACCAGAGAUCCUUCUCCACCUCCGCCGACUUAUUCCCUCGUGGACUACUCCUCUACAUAAAGGACUCGUUAGGAAUUUCAGGCCGAAAACCUUACUGGCCUGUCUGCUUGUCUGCCGCGCAUGGAAUACAGCUCUUCAUCCUCUUCUGUGGCACGUCCUCGACACCAACCAAGAAGAAUCUCGAUAUGCUAGGAUCUCAGCCGACACUUUCUCCAAGAACGCUCGCCAUGUCCGCAUUUUUAUCGGAAACCCUCCAGUCUUCGGCGCCGCACACUGCCUCCCGAACCUUGUUGAGCUCUCCUUCUGGACCCCCAACAGAGACGACUCUACAUCUGAGGAAGACACUGCCAGAUGUAAUAUGCUGGCCCUGAACUCACAUAUCCGCAAGCUGACUUGGGAAGGACCCCUGGAUCUCCAGCCUCUUCGGACAGAACCCCUCACGCAGCUCUCUUGGCUGACCCAUUUGCGACUCUACCAAUGGCAAGGUUCUGGCGGCGCACUGAAGCGUGUCCUCGACGCAGUAGCCGCUACAUUGAUCAGUCUGCAGCUAGACCAUGUCCAUGGUGUGGAGGACACGGGCCUCGAGAACGUGUGUUUGCCGCUCGUGACAAACCUCGACAUAACUCUCACCAGCAUGCCCACCAGCGCGCCAAGUCAAGGUCUUUGGGAAUUGGUUCGUCGGUGUCCCAACUUGCUCAGCCUGGAAGCGUCUCUCGAUAUGCUUAUUUGGAUCCAACUUUAUCAGCAGCCGACAUGGCCAUCCACCUGGCUAAGGGCAAGUGCUCCUCCCUCGUUGACGUCGCUGGAGUUCACCAAUCUCAGGACAGAGACAGAAGUCCUGGAGGCGAUACAGAGUAUUCCAACACUCGCCUCUUUCAAAUGCGAGGUUUCUGCCAUGAGUGUCGCCAUUGCCAGAACCUUGGUGAGUUGUCAUGCUCGCACUCUAAGGAGGAUCCAUCUAAAAAUGUUUUCGGGAGAGAGAUUCUGCAUCGAGUCUUGCGCCAUCUUGCUAGAGUCGCUUCCUGAGCUGGAGAGCCUGCAUAUCGAUGACUGCUCUUGCAAUAUCCCAGAGGAAGAGUUGCUCGAGAGGAUCUUUCGGCAGCCCUGGCUGUGUAUUGGCUUGAAGGAGCUCUGUCUGCCUUGGCUUUGGAUGGUACAUGCAUCGGCAAAAGAUGGGUGUAUAUGCGACUUGGCAACACGCGUUCUUUGCGCGACGACUGUUCUAGCAUGUGCAGGGAAUGCCGGAGCUGAGAUGGGUCAGCAUCAGUCAGACCGAGUACAUCCGAAGCAGUGUUCCGAAAGAGUUGAAUCUUGAGGGCCUUAUGGUUCGUGAAGGGCUAGGUGUUGUAUACACUGUAUACAACAUAGUGAGAUAUUUAACAGGCGGUUUCUGAGCUAUCUAUAUGUUUAUUUACUGCAUACGAUAUAGACAGACUAGUAGAGUAGUUUGGUUAUAGAGUCUUUAUAGCACAG